GGUUUGACGGCUUGCGCAGUGUGUCUGUAGUGGUCAAUGACGGACGGAUCUAUCGCAACCCAUACAACACUGCCUUAGCUAUCGCCCCCCAGUUAACAAAGUUGAGAUUCUGGCUAUAUAUUUCUUUAUAUCAACGUGGAACAUGCAGGAACGACCCGGUCCAAACCAACUUGCCAGCCAUAGUUUUUAAGAUAUGCGUUUUACCUUGAUUGACCUGUAGUAUCAGCCUAGGACUCGCAACACAAGGCGCUGGAUUCAUAAAGGGACGGAGUCACUGAGAAUUGCUCACUCACCCUGGAACUGCGAUAAGACCAGCGCACACUAAAACACCAAUAGGACACUUUGUGGCGGUUCACACGUUUAACCGGCACCAUCAUACAACUGGAUCUCCGUGGAUGCGUCAAGAGACACCGAUUUAAAAGGCACACUUGCUUGGAUGCCGUGCAAUUACUUAUUACAACUAAAUAAAUUCCAGUCCGCUGUACAAUUGGACACUUGUCAGAGUGCCACACUGAAGUUCUCAGCGAAUUCGUCAGCACAUGAUGUACACAAUAACUAGAGGUCCCAGCAAGCUUGCAACACAGCGAAGGACAGGUCCCACGCAGCAGAUUGAGAACAAAAUUAACGACUUAAAGCACAAGCAAACCACCUGGUCAGUGGCAAGUUCUCCAGCACCGAAGCUGGUGUUCAACCGUCUGAACGGGAAGCGGUACCACACGUCACCCACCCCGCUCAGCGACACGACGACAGAGGGCUUCACCGAGGCGCACGAGGAGAACGUCAAGUUUGUGCAUGAAGCCUGGCAGGAGGUGACAGAGCAGCUGAGAGGAGGAGCCCAGCCAGAGCAGUGUGAGGGGCCAGUGCAGUACACAGAGAAGACCCCCAACCCCACGAUGAAGAACUUCCAGCCCAUCGACCUGGAGGAGUGGUGGGCACAGCGCUUCCUGGCCAACAUCGGAAACCUGUCCUGAGGAGAGCAAGCGCCGGGGGCGGGGGCACGGACCUGGG